UGUGUGAGUCCAAUUAUAGGAACGUAAUCAACUAAUUAUACAAUCGCAUAAUUCGCAAAUUUAAUCUAGUUGGGGAUUUUUAGGUAACCAUUUCCACUAUUUCACUAGUUCACUAAAACCUGUACGAUAACAUAGUUAUUUAACCUAGCCAAUAUACAAGGUUAUAUUUAUUAUUUGUUUUUAAAUUAAUCCUAUUUAAAUCAAACGAACGUAGGUUUAUAACCAUUCCCGCUGUAGUAGAGUUUACAGUGACAGCUCAUUGUAAGUUGUAUGACAACAAUUAAAGUAAGUUUUACUCAUUUACUUUUUUAUUUACAGCAGUAAAUUGGUAUUUUAGAUUCGAAGCGUAGAGAGGGAUCUAUUGGUUUUACUAUGAUGUGUAAUUUUUGUUUUUAUCUUUUUCAUCUGUAGACAAUGUUUCAAAUAAAUCUUGCUCCGAUCUGUAAAGUGUAGCAGUCUUUCUGAAAGAAAAUUUUCUUGGAUAGGUCAUUUUUUUUAUUUGGUCAAGGGAUUUUCAAAAAAGAAAAAAUUGUGAUGCAAACUAUGUUUUCUAUCAGAAAUAUUGCUCAAAUCGAAAAAUGACAAAAGAUUAAUUUUUCUAUUUAAUAUCUCGUGACUCUAUGAAAAACCUAACCUUCACUCCGAAUGGUUUUUCGUUAACAAUGUUUUAUCGUUGCGUAUUAUAAUUUAAAUAAGUUGAUUUAUUCUACCUUCCCAAUUUUACACCUACAACAGUGACUGCAUUCGUCCCCAGUAUCAGCUUUUUUUGUUGUUGCUAUUAUUAUCAUGCCCAUCAGAAUUCGGCAGAAAUACUAAAUUUGCAAUUAUUUGCUUUUAAUAUUCCUAAAUAUUAACGGGUUUCACGACAAAGAUUUUCACAGUUUAAUAAAUAUGUCUAUAAUUUAUGUAAAUAUUGUUUUAAUUUAGGUAUGGUAUCUCUUUAUCAUAAGCUGAAUUUCUGAAAUAUUAAAUGACCUCAUUUUUUAAUAAUUCGAUAUUUGUUACCGCAAAUCUAAAUCUUGGGUUAGUAAAAUAGUGUAAAUAAUUGUUUAAAUAGUUUAAUAAUAGUUUAAAUUAGAUUAAAUUUGAAUAGGUUGUUUAAAAUUGUGAAUAGUUUCAUUGAAAUUAUAGUGAGGACAAAAGAACAAACAAAAACUUUAAUUUUAUUUGUAUAGAAGAUAAAUUGUGAGUUUAAUGCAAUGAAUAAUUUUUUAAACCCGAUCUUCGAGGCUUAUCGAACUACUUAAAGCAUAAUAUAAUAAAUGGCUUAAUCAAUGAUUAAAAUAUGAUUCAAAAUAGGAUUUUAUAAUAUGUUUAUGAUACAACUAAAUGUUGUUAAAAAAAAAUUCAAAAAUAUCGGGUUUAACUACACUUAAAAAUUCCAAAAAUCAAAAUUUAAAUGUAUGCAAAAUUAAUUGGACCCACUGUGCCACUGCUGCACCGUAUUGGUGUGUGUUAACACGCUUUUUACGGCGUUUUCUCCAUACAACCGCCACACUACAUUGAUGUGCGCCCAGUCUAAGUCGUCUAGUCAAUUUACUUAUCAUUCUUGUAUAUUAUUAGCAAUUUUGUCGUGUGUGAUGUAUUUUUGAAUAUUUAAGUUUAGGUAAGAAACUGGCCAAGUCUGCGGUACAUAUACUGUGAAUAAUUUUGUAUUAAUAUAAUAAAUAACUAUUGUAUGUAUAUGUCGUAUACACUUAGUGUAAUCGUAUUUUUCAUGAAAUGGAUGUUCAUUUCAUGAACUACGAUCAUAACGUGUAAGUCAAAUUUUAGUUCAUGAAACGGACAUAUAUUUUAUCCAUUUCAUGAAAUGGAAACUCUUAUUUUACACUUUAUGUAAUAUUUUAAAUUAAUUACAUCAAUAGGUAACUUUUCGUGAAAUCGAAAUAAUAACAUUGAUACUGGUACGUAUCACACCGUACUAUAUUUAUUAUUAAUAAAUUGUAAAGAUGAGAUAUCGACCGUUCAACAGAUAAAUUUCAAAUUAUAAACAAAUAUUUAAUGUAAAUAUUAAAUAAUAUUAUUUAAAUAUUUAUUAUCUAAUUUUUAAUCCAACGGAAUAAAACGUGAACUGCUGAGCGUAAAUUUGCUAUGUUACGUGUUUGUAAGACAAGCCCUGAUGGCUGAUUGUAAUAAUUUUAUUUGAAGUGUCUUAAUAUAUAAUUUUUAUUUAAUAAUAUUUUGUAUAUUUUAACGAUUACUUACAUUUUUACUUUUGCUGCUAAAAUGUCUUCAAUCAUUAAUUGAACGUCAAUUUUGGUAGGUGGCUUUUUCCCAGGCUUGUCUACGUAGUACGCAUUUAACUGUUCAUAAAAUUCAGAAAAUGAAUCAAAUUCCAUUUUAACGCUAAUAUACGGCUCGCUUCAAGUCAGAGGACGUACUGGCAUCAUAUAAAAAUAAUAUACAGAUUUUCCAGAAUACCUUGGUCGUAUCAUACUUAUACAAUUGAAUCAAUUGAAUUUUGAUUAAAUAUAUAUUUUAUCGACUAAAGUUUAUCUGCUGAACGGUCGAUAUCUCAUCUUUACAAUUUAUUAAUAAUAAAUAUAGUACGGUGCGAUACGUACCAGUAUCAAUGUUAUUAUUUCGAUUUCACGAAAAGUUACCUAUUGAUGUAAUUAAUUUAAAAUAUUACACAAAGUGUAAAAUAAGAGUUUCCAUUUCAUGAAAUGGAUAAAAUAUAUGUCCGUUUCAUGAACUAAAAUUUGACUUACACGUUAUGAUCGUAGUUCAUGAAAUGAACANAUUUAACUCAAAACUAUGAUAAAUUGAAAAUUUUUAUUUAUAAAAUAUAUUUUUAAAUUAUAAGUAAAUACAUAAAUUAUUAUAACAUUAGUCGCUGCUGUCAUCGUCGCAACUAUCAACUUGUUUAUCAAAACAUAAUUCUUUUUUUCUGGAUUUCUCAUUUGCAAAAUUUUGGAUCACAUCUUCAAAGUUUAGAGAUUUUACAAAUUCACUUUCAAUACUUAAAAUUCCAAGAUUUUGUAGGUUAUUUUGUGAAAAUGAAGAUCUUAAAACGUUUUUUAAUAAUUUUAAUCGGCUAAAUGAUCUUUCUCCUGUACAGUUGGUACACAUAAGAGAAAGAUAUAAACGUAACAACCGUUCAAUAUUUGGAAAACUCUCGGUCACAUUUAAAUCAAUUAUCAUCUUAUACAUGUUAAGCAAAAUAUUUUUAUUCUUAUUUUCGUUCGUUGUAAUUAAUGAUAAAGACGUUGACGAAAAACUUAAAAACUGUUUAAACUCAUUUGUAAAAUCAUCAGGGAAAUCUUUUGGAUACCUUUCUAAUAACUUUUUCAUUCCUCCUUCUAUGUCUUCAAUUUUCAUGUCCAUUUUAAUGUCUGAUAAUAACUUAAAAUUAUCCCUUACGGUAGUAUAAGUGUUAAUUCUAUGUUCCAAAGCACUAUAAAGCUGAUCAAUUAUAACAUAAAAAGUAUUUAUUUUAAAUGAUUCUUUUGUAUUUAGUUCAUUAAAACUACUCUCGUUUCUCUUAAAUUUUUUUCUAUGCCUAGUUAAUUUAUAGUCUUCAUUCUUAGCUCUUUUCAUACCAUUACUUUCAUAUCCAUCAUAUUGAUUUCUUAUAUUUUGAAGGACAAUUUUAAGACUUUCAAUGAAGUUAAGAAAUCGGAGCCUCCGAUUUCUAAAGUAUAACAACUUUUCUGAAAAAAAAUUGACCUGGGGAAGUACUUAAAGAUAGUUUUUUGAUUUUCCCAAAAGUUUUCCCGAGAAAUGGGAAAAACGUAAGAAAAAUGGUAAACUAGGUACAAAAUUAAACAAAUAUUAUUAAAGAAAAUAUAUAAUGCAUAUUUUAUCAUAAUAUAAUACAUAUUUUGUUGACAAAGCAACACUAUUAACCGAUAUGUAUAGCCUCAUAGGUAUUUGGCAGUUUCUAGUUGUUGUUAGAUUUUAUUUGAUUUAUUUAUUGGAAGUUGUAGUUAGUGAUAAAAAAAAAUUCGAGUAUAAAUAUUAGUAGUAGAUUAAUAUAAUACAUUUUUUUAAGUUCAAAUUUUGACAUAAAUUACAAAAAUUCCGACAUUUUAAAACAUAAAACUGAACUUCUCUCAGAUACUCAGAAUCAUAUUUUGUUACAAAAAAAAUUUUUAUUUCAGAUGAGUAUGGUAACUUCGAUUAUGUUAUUAUUUGUAUUCCUUUUCGGUUUUGUACUCGCUAUUGGAGACAUCGAUAAUAUUGUUCAAUUAGAUCAAGGACGGGUAUUGGGAACCGUUUUGAAGUCGAGGAAUGGACGAGAAUUUAAAGCGUUUUUCGGAAUACCGUACGCUAAACCGCCGAUCGGAGAUCUUAGAUUUAAAGUAAAUAAUUGUAACUCAAUUGAUGUUGGGAAUUUUAUUUUGGAAGAGGGAGCUUUCAAAUUGUUAGUUUUAAAAAUUGUUAUUGAUUAGGAUCCAGUACCGGCGGGUCCAUGGGACGGUGUUUUAAAACCUUCAAUUAAGGCGCAAAACGUCAUAUGCAUUCAGAAAAAUUUGUUUUUCUAUCAAAUAGCUGAUGUAUUGCUAGGUGAAGAGGACUGUUUAUAUAUAAACGUGUACACUCCGAAGGUAACAAUUGUUUGAUUAUAUAAGUAAUGGCGAUCGGACAAUAAUUUAUUAUUACUUUAAAUAAUAGUAUUAAACGAAUUUUAAAGUAUUAAAAUAUUUUAGCUACCGACCAAACAAGAUGGUAAAUUACUUCCGGUUAUGGUUUGGAUCGCCGGGGGAGGUUUUUUCGCAUUGGGCGGUUCUAUAACCGCAUUCGGUCCUCAAUAUUUGUUGGACAAGGAUAUUAUCCUCGUUACUUUUAACUAUAGACUCGGCAUUCUAGGUAAAAUAAAAUUAUCCAUAGGUUUAACUCGAAAUUAACUGUGUUCGAUGUACCUACAAUAUUGUAGUUUUUAGGUUUUUUGAGUACCGAGGAUAAACAUUUGCCGGGUAAUUACGGUAUGAAAGAUCAAGUAUUGGCGCUGAAAUGGGUUCAAAAAAAUAUCAAUGUUUUCGGCGGGGAUUCAAAUAGAGUUACGAUAUUUGGUGAAAGUGCCGGAAGUGUUAGUGUCGGUUUACAUUUAUUAUCGCCAAUGAGUAAAGGUAAACGUGUUAUCGUUCGAUUUAGUUUUUCAUGUACUUUAUAUAUUGUUAAUUGGAAAUAUCAUUGUUCAGGAUUAUUUCAUAAAGCAAUAAUGGAAAGUUCAACUCCGUUAAAUUUAUGGGGUGUUACUCCACCGGGUCUGGCAAAAAGAAGAGCUUCGAAUGUAUCGACCGUCGUAGGAUGUUCCGAAGACCCUGAAAAAAUGGUCGAGUGUUUGAGACGAGUACCCGCAGCCGUUUUAGUGGAUGUUUACACAAAUUUUUAUGUAAAUAUUACGUUUUAUAUCCAUGUCCUAUAUACUUGAAAAAUAACCGUUCGCUGUGUAUGUAUACAUUUAUACACAUUUAAAUUAUAAAUAAAUAUGUUUUGUGUUAUAUUUAAUUUAUAGGAAUGGAGAAAUUACCCGAUUCUCAAUUUUUCACCUGUCGUUGAAUGCCGCCAUUUAUGUAAUGAACACCAUGAAUCAUUUUUGACUAAAUAUCCUCCGUUAGAAUUCAAACAAGAAUCGAAUGUGCCGGUAUUGAUUGGACAUACCUCAAGCGAAGGCGGGAUAUUUGUUUCACGUAAGUAUUUUUUUUUUCUCGUAAAAUAUUAUGUAAACUAAACACAAGUGUUCCCGUAAAAGUUUAAGAGGAUAAACAAAUUUCGAGGAUAACGUAAAUCGUUUAUUUCACAUCUAUAGUUUUACAAAAUCAAAUAACUUUUUUAGUAGUAUAGUGAUAACGAAAAAAUAAAACAAAAAACUACAUCAUCAAAUAUUGAAAAAACUAGAGGAAAUUUAUUUGAAAAAAUGAUUUUGAAUAUUUUCAAAUUAAUUAAAAAAAAAAAAACACGUGAAAAUUGCUAAAUAAAAUCAUAAACAAAUAGUUACGAGUAGCCUACGUCCUUUUAAGGUUUUUUAAAUUUUGUUUUUGUAUAUUAUAUAUUAUUAUCAUUAUUAGUAAUAAUUCUAAUCAUUUGUUUUUUAGGAAUGUACAAUGCAACUGAUCUUGUGUAUACUGAAUUGAAAGACAAUUUCAAUUACUAUUUUUCGUCAAUGAUACAGUAUAAAUAUACGACUAAAUCGUCUGAUAUUCAGUUUAUUGGUGAUAAAAUAUUUAAACGAUACUUUCCCGAUGGAACUUUAAGAAAUGUUUCGAACGCCAUUAAAGUAAACUUUCAUAAAAUUAUUUAAAAAAACCUCCGAAUUCGUACACACUUUAAACUUUUAUGUACAAUAACUACCUGAAUAAUAAGGAUUUUUAGACAUACGUGUUUCCAGCUCUCCAUCCCCCAUUGAAAUUUUUAUACUUUUUCCUUAACAAAUUUGAAUGAAUUUAUAUGUCCUAUCCCAGAAUUUUUAUGACAUCCCUGAUUAAAGAAAAUCAAGAAAACCUUUAAAAGAUAUAAUUUAAAAAAAAUAAUGAAUAUACUUCUCACAUGGGUGCAGCCACUGUUGUAGGUGGGAAGUUAGGAAGGUAGAAUACAGACGGGAAUUUAACGUAUAUAUGUAAGCAACGAUAAACUAUUGCUUACGAAAAAACGAUUCUGAACGGAGUUCAAUUGAUAGUGUAGCUUUAUAAUAGCUAAUACUCGUACAUAAAUUAAAAUUUCAUCAUCAGGUAUAUGACAGUCAAAAUGUAAAACGCGAAUAAUUUUAAUAAUUAAUAAUAAAGUUUAUAAUUUAUAUUUCUUAACAUAUCUAUGUCUAAUAAUAACCCAUUUUAAAUAAUCUCUCCUAUUAAAAUAAAUUAUUUCUAUGUAAAACGACCAAACGAUACAAUUUUUUUCUUUUUCUAUGUAUCAUUCGUUAGUUUUAGAUUCCGAGCGUAGCAAGGUAGUAUUAGUUUUUCUAAGAUGUUUAUUUUUUUUUCUUCUUCUAGUCUGUGGACACGUUUUUGCUUAGUAAACUUGCUCCGAUGUAUAAGUGUAGCACAUUUUUUAAAAGCUCAAGUUUUUUUGAUUGUACUUUAAAAUGGUCAUUAUUUGAUUUUCAACGCCAUUUUUUUAAAUAAAAGCGCUUAAUUGGGAAAAAACGUAGGAAAACGUACAAUUUCACGAUUUCAUUAUUUUAUAAAAACACCGACGAAGUUUUCUACCAAAAAAAGUGAUUAAAUCAAAAAAUCACAAGAUACCUCUUUGGUUGCUUUUUUAGUUUCCUUUCUAUCAGUAGAUCAGUAGUAUCAUCGCCAAAAGUUCGAGCCACUUCUAAGCUUUUGAAGAAUUUUAAUUGUUGAGAGUUUUUUUUUUGCUGGAAUUCGGUUAUAAACACACGUAGAAACGUUAAACUUGUAAUAAUACUUAUAUUGGACUAAACUAGACAUUUUAGAUAAUAAAUCAUAAUAAUUUUUACUUCUUAAUCAACAUAUCUAUGUAUAAUAAUAAUUAAUUUUAAAUAAUUUCUCCUAUAAAAAUAAAUAUUUUUCCAUGUAAAACGAACAAUUCGUAUAGUUUUUUACAUGUAUUUGUUCAUUUAUUUUUUCAUAUUCAAUCGCGUUUUACUUGUUGCCUUUGUGAUUUUACCUGACGAUAAAUUUUUAAUUCGAAACCGGUCGUAAAAUAUCAUAAUACUCCAGGCGUCGCAUUCAUUUAUUAAUUAAUUUAUAAAAUUACUAUCAUCACAUGUGCGUCUUUUACUAAUUAUAGGCCACAACUGGAGGAUUAUUUUUAAAUGGUGUUUUUGGCAUGGCGGUGAAGCUAUCGCAGCCUCCGUAUUACUAUGUAUACGAUCAUUUAAAUAAAAAAACGUAUAAUUCACUAUUCGGGCCGUAUCCAGAACCAAGAAAAUUGGGUGUAACGCAUGCAGAUGACACGAUAAGUUUGUUCUAUAUGCCUGCAAUUUUUGGAAACUUAGACGGAGACGAUCUUGAAGUAUCGAAACUCAUGGUUAACUUAUGGACCCAUUUUGCUUCUUCAGAGUACGUAUUUUAAGUAGCGUGAAAAUGAUAAUUGAAAACACUCUGAGUUAUCCAAUUUGAAUUUGGUGUUUUUAGAUCGUUGUUUUAAUUAGUAAUUGUCUCAGUAUUUACACAAAUGCUUAAAUGUGUGUAUGCACAUUGAAAUUUCUAUGGACAACGGAUUUUUUCAUUAAAAAUUAGCUGAGUUAUAGAAAUUUGACUUGCAGCAAGUAACAACUUUAAAUGGCUAUUACUCAGUUAAUUUUGCACAUAGGGAAUUGCUUCAAUCACUAAAAUUUACGGAAAUUGCGUUUUUAUAAAAAAUGCUGAGACAAUAAAAAUAUAAGUAUAUAAACGGUCUGAAUGCCCAUUUCAUAUUGUAUAACUCAGUGCCAAAAUAUUAAUAUUUUUCCAUUACAGUUUCCACAAAGUAUAUUAUUUACUUUUUCUUAAGACUAUAAACGGUCUAUUCAGAACCUAAGCUGACAUUAUAAUAUGACUCCAUCUUUCCCCAUUUAUUGCUCAGUACAUUUCCUUCAACCAAUCACAUAUCCUGAAUUUCCACCUUGUCCUUGGUCUAUCUAGAGGUUGAUUUAUAUAUCCCCAUUCAUUCUUCAUACAUGUCCCAUCACUUACAUCGUGUAUUUUAUACAUUAAAGAUUUAAACAAUUUGUAAAUCAUUUUGAGUUGAAUAUUUAUUUCCAGCAAACCCACUAUUAACGGUACCAAAGAGGGGCAGAAAUGGCCGACUUUUGAUACGACCAGUUAUAAAUAUAUAUUGAUCAACUCGAGUAAUCCCGUUAUAUCCGAGAGACCGUAUGUUGACGAGUACGAAUUUUGGAGAGAUCUGCCGCUUUUCUCAGGAAUUUCGUAUCACAAAACAAACGAUCUAAGAUGUGAACUUUGAUCACAUAAUACAUAUAUACAGUUAAUAUAAAAUUGCAGACAAAUAGUUUAAUAUUCAAAAAAAAUGUUUUAGAUUCUGAGCGGAAAUUUGAAUAAAAAUUUUAGGAAACUUUUAUAAUUUUAGUCAUUUUCCUAAUAAAGUACAUAUGAAUAAUACAAUUUUUAUUUUCGGGUCCUCCCCAUCCUAAAUAAUAAAUUCCGCAAUGUCACCGUUGUCAGAAUUAUGGCCACAUUCGUAGUUAUUGUAAUCCCUCCCCUCGUUGUAUCCGCUGCGGUGAGCAACAUGAGACGAUAGCAUGCACCAAAGAACGCAGCUCUCCGGCUAAAUGUGCUUUAUGCAGUGGUAUUCACCCGGCCCACUUAAGAGGUUGUCAAUCUUACUUUGAUCUUAAAAAAAAAUUAU